AUGGCUGAAGCGGUGCAGAGCGACUCGGUGUCGGCGGGGAUCCGGUCCAUGUUCUUCCUGCUCACACCGAACGAAACGUCCUACCAGAGAAUGGAAGAUGUUCCUCAGUAUGUGCAGCAGGCAACUCCUUUCUUUAUAGGGCUGAUGGUGCUGGAGAUGGUGGUGGGCCUGCUGAAGACUGGGUCCCCAGUGGUCACCAUCAGUGACGGACUCACCUCCGUAUCUUGUGGAAUGAUCUCCAGAAUCCCACUGCUGUUCAUGAGAAGCUGUGAGCUGACUGCUUACAUGUACGUGUGGGACCGGUACCGGCUGCUGGAGCUCCCGUGGGACUCUGCCUGGACCUGGUGGCUGGCCUUCAUGGGCGUGGACUUCUGCUACUACUGGGUUCACCGCGUGGCUCACGAGGUGUCCAUCAUCUGGGCUGCUCACCAGGUUCACCACAGUUCAGAGUACUACAACCUCACCACCGCCCUCAGGCAGUCCCUCACCCAGCAGUUCACAUCAUGGAUUUUCUACCUGCCCUUGGCUCUGAUUGCACCCCCCACCUUCUUCGCUGUCCACAUACAGUUAAACCUCCUCUACCAGUUCUGGAUCCACACUGAGUUGAUCAGAACCCUUGGACCUCUUGAAUGGGUCUUCAACACCCCAAAACAUCACAGAGUUCAUCACGGGAGAAACGUAUACUGCAUUGACAAGAAUUACGGAGGAAUACUAAUCAUAUGGGACCGAUUAUUUGGUACCUUUGCUGAAGAGACGGACAAGGUGGUGUUCGGUCUGGUGUGCCCCAUCAACACCUUUGAAAUCCUCUACACUCAGUUACACUACUACGUGUAUUUGUGGAAAAGGUCCACCACUUUCAAGUCUAUCGGCUACAAGCUGUCAACUUUCUUCAAAGGUCCGAGUUGGAGUCCUGGUAAACCUCGGCUAGGUGACCACGCAAACAAUCCCAAGGUUACCGGACAGGAAGUGCCUCACGAUCCCAGCUGGCCGCUGCCUUUACAAGUUUAUGUGGUCAUACAUUUCCUGCUGGCGUUGGGGGCUUACCAUGAUCUGUUUGAAAACAAAAUGAUGCUGUCUCAGUUAACCAUGCUGGCGAUGACCAUGUACGUUCUGCUCACUCUCACCUCCAUGGGCUUCAUCAUGGAUCAGAGGCCAACGGCGGCUUUCUUGGAGAUGCUACGCUGCGUCGUCAUGGUGACAAUGCAGAGGUACGGCUGCAUGAAGCCCCUGCUGUCUUCACUGGCCGUCCCCACGGAGGCCUUUGUCUCCCUCUCUCUGCUGUUCUGGGCUCUGCAGAGCUUCUCCCAGCUGCUCCGCAUCAAGAAGAAGGCCGACUGAUGAACAGGCACUUUUAUGAAGUUGUAAUUGUUGACAUAAUUCCAUAGUGACACGUUUUUAAUCAUCUUUAAUGCUGUGUAAAGCCUCAGCUGUUCGCAGUAGCCUAAAACAACAACAUAGUGACAGCUUCUGCUGGACUCUUUUAACUUUUGAUGUAUUACUGGUUAAGACUAAAGCUUUUUAACAUAUGUCAUCCGUAAGACAAGGUGCUCAACAGGUGCUUUUUCUUUUUAUCAAAUGAUCUAAUUCUCUGUUUAAAAAACGUCAUCUGUGCUUUUGUCUACUUGCUAAUUCAAGUACUAAUGAAUUAACCUUUUUAAAUAUCACUUGAACCACUGUGUAAAUUAUAUAACUCUGCCUUUACUAUGCACCUUAUACCUCUUAUAAAACAAACGCCGCUCACACUGACGCCUUUAACUCCCGUAUAUUGUUUUUCCAUUUGUCAUUGCAAUUAAAACAAUUGAAACUUU